AAGAAGAGGACUCGUGAAACAACGAAAUAUGCCAACCAACUCACCGACCGCGUUCUUCAGGACACCGCACACACUCCGCACGCCAGCUGACACGACCCCGGAAGUGCGCCGGUCCCUCAGAACCCCCUUGCCUCUUCGCGCGAGACUUCAGUUCUCGCGAGAGAGGACUAGUGCGUCGCCGCGGAGCCAGGAACGCUUCCGGCGCAAAGAGAUUCAAACUAGUGGCGGGCGUAGCCGGAGCAGUGGACUCUCCUUGCGUCUAGUGUACUGCUGAGGAGCUCUUACCCAUGGAUCUGAUCCGAAACUUCCACGCGAAGCUGCGGUCUCUGGCCAUCACCCUAGACAGCGAGACGGCUCGGCUGCAGCGAGCGCUGGACGGAGAGGAGAGCGACUGGGAAGAUUACCCAAUGAGAAUUUUAUAUGACCUUCAUUCAGAAGUCCAGACUCUAAAGGAUGAUGUCAGUAUUCUUCUUGAUCAAGCAAGUUUGGAAAGUCAAGAAAGCAUUGGUUUCAUAAAGGCAACAAAAGUACUGAUGAAAAAAAAUUCAGUGGAUAUCAUGAAAAUAAGAGAGUUUUUCCAGAAGUAUGGAUAUAAUCCACGUGCCAAGAAAGAUUCAGUGGAUGAACAAGAAAUCAUUGACUCUGAAUCAGAGUCCACGAAGCAUGAAAAUUUUCAAAUGCCUGAUGUGAAGGACAAUCUGUCUGAUCCUGCUGUUCCGAGCACUUCUGGUUCUGAGAAGUCUCCACGGAGUCCACAACUUUCCGAUUUUGGACUUGAGCGGUACAUGAUAUCCCAAGUUCCAGCAAACCCUCCACAGGCAGUAAACAACCAUGAAGAAGAGCCAAAAAAUUUAACUCCAUCUUCUAAACAGUCACUAGUUAAAGUACUAAAAACUCCAAAAUGUGCUCUAAAGAUGGGUGAUUUUGAGUGUGUAACUCCUAAAUUAGAACAUUUCGGUAUCUCUGACUGUACUGCAUGUUUAAAUGAAGAUUACACAAUGGGACUUAAAAAUAUGAAGGAGAAUAAAUGUGAAGAGGCCAUAGAACCAGAACCAAUGACCAGUGAUAAUUUCUUUGCCACUCCUGGCCUCCAGCAGUUGAAAAAAAAUGGUGCCAACUACACGGAUUCUCCCGUGGCACCUACAUUCUGCACUCCUGGUUUGAAAAUUCCUUCUACAAAGAACAGUACAGCUUUGGGGUCCACAGAUUAUCCAUUAUCAAAAACAAAUAGUUCAUCAAAUGAUUUGGAAAUGAAAGACUGUACAUCAUUAGUUUUAAAUUCAGACAAGUGUUUUGAGAGUUUUGCGGAUCCCUCUUCUCCUGUAAUUUCUUCUUAUGAGAAUCUGUUGAGAACACCUACACCUCCAGAAGUGACUACCAUUCCAGAAGAUAUUCUCCAGAUUUUAUCAAAAUACAACUCAAACCUAGCAACUCCAGUAGCAGUGAAAGCCAUGCCACCCAGCAAAGGGUUCCUCACUAAAUACGAAGGACCGAACAUCCGAGGUGUUGGCAACAAAGAAAAUUGGUGAAGAAAUUCUAGUGGAUCCACCCAUUGUAGAAACUGAACAGAAGGAUGAAAGCAGAGCUGGACUUACUUUGUUAUUCACCUUGCCCUACAUCUUCCCCCUUUAUAAAAACCAACCCAUAUUAAAGAUGAACAUGGACACUGGUGUCAUAA